AUGGAUGCUAAUGUGGCUGCCUGGGGCCCGAAGUCCCACGGUGUGACCCCUCUCCAUCUUGCUGCUAAAGGUGGCCACAUUAAAGUUAUGGAUGAACUGCUCGAGCGUGGGGCCAACAUCGAUGCCAGAACUAAGGGUGCAUGCGGCUGGACCCCACUUCACAAUGCAGCUAAAGAAAGAAAGAAGAAAGCAAUAAAAUUCUUAGUCGAAAACGGGGCAUUUUUGCCGGACAACAUCGAUGACUCAAGGUUCAACCCGCCCAUGCACUACUGUCCCGGCCUCGAGUGGGCUUAUGAAGAAAUGAAGCGUUUGCAGGACAUAUCUUCUUCAUCUCUGUUCCCUGGUUGCUCUGUGGUGACUGAUAUACAGAGUGUAGUUCAUGACAAUGAUAGUAGU